AUGUCAUCAUUAUCUCGAAACUAUUUUACUCUUCUCUUGGCAUUAUUCAUCCUUCCGUUGACAGUACUAUGUCAUGGACCGGAAGAUUACAGACCUGAAGAAGGACUAACGGGACACAAUGGCGUCUUUCAGGCAUUACCGUGGACAAAAUACGAACUCUCACUGAUUUCCUCACUUCACGCCACCGCCAACUAUCCAGAAGUAAUGAAAAUGGUUCGAGAGAAGCUAGUGAUCAGUGACGUGGCACCAAAUGAUCGGAGGAAGAUUGAGAGAAUGCUGAAAUCUCUUCGACCGCCACCGGUGUUCAACGAUUUUUUGAAUGCGGAAGAGGCGGAGGAGGUCCGAAAAGCCCACAGCGAGAAGAACAUAGGCGACGUGUUAUACGUAAUCGGUCGAAAGUUAGCAGAACUUCCGGACUUUCUACGAGAUCAAGCCGUCACUUAUCUUACAAAACACACGCCGACAAUCCAGCCGCCAGACUUUUGA